CAUAAUACUAACAUGGACCAGUGGAAACGUGGAAACGCGAUCGUCACAGGCGCGGGUUCGGGCAUAGGAGCUGCCACGACAGUAGAGUUGCUCCGACAUGGUGUAAAUGUAAUUGGAUUGGACGUUCAGUCGGCAAAGCUCGAGGAACUAGCAAAUUCGUUAAAAGACGACACGAAAAAUGCUACGUCGAUUACAGAAGACAGCAGUCAGCGAGGGAUUUUCUAUCCUAAGACCUGUGACAUUAUUGACGAACAAGCAGUACAGGAUGUGUUUGACUGGGUGAACGCUGAGCUCGGUGGUGUCAGCGUGUUGGUCAACAACGCUGGUAUCAUAAUGCGGAGCAGUCUGUUGGACGGUACGUUGAAAGACUGGAAGUUUUUCAUGAAUAUCAACGUAUUGGCGCAAUGCGUAUGUUCGAGAGAGGCGUACCGAUCGAUGUCUAAGAACAAUAUUAAUGGGCACAUUAUUCAAAUUAACAGUAUUGGCGGUCAUUCCAUCACACCGUAUUACGCGCAUAAAAUGUACAAUGCUUCUAAAACGGCCAUCACGGUGCUGUGCGAAGGUCUUCGACACGAAUUAAGUCUCGUAAAUUCAAAGAUUAAAGUUACGAGCAUCAGCCCGGGAAGCGUAGAUAAUACGGAAAUUUUCAACACCGCUAAAUUCAAACCUUCUUCUCAGGUUGUAAGCUCAAGACCAGCUUUGACACCGGAAGAUGUAGCAGCCAUGGUGAUCACUACAUUGGAGACGCCUCCUCGUGUUGAAAUAGCAGAACUGAUAGUUAUUCCUACCGGUUCAACCAUACAAUCUCACGGAAAUCCUCGUCCAGUAAAUUUGUCUGAUAAAUAGUUACAACUCUAUAGUCAACAGUCAACCUAGCCAACCUAGGGGUUAACCUAUGGCAUCUUAGUUUAUAUUAGAUUCCACUCAAAAUUGACACAUCUUAUUUCUUACUCGAAGAGUGCAAAUUGAAUAAUAAAUAUGUUUAUAUAAUAUAUUGUAUGUAAUAUUAUAAGUAUGAAAUAACUAGAAAUUUGUCAAUUAAUAAUAAUAUUGUAUAACAAGUUUUCAAGUUAAAAUUUAAUUUAUAAUAUUUGAUAUACACAAUAACACCAGAUACUCGAAUAUUCGAGUUCCAUAUAGAGUUAUCCACCUGUGUCCGAAAGUCAUGAAUCUUAAAAGUUACUUAUAAGUUAUAACAUUUUUUAAUUUCUAUACGCAGAACACACCAAAAUAUCAUACAUGCGUCCAUAGGACGUUCAUUUUAUAAAUAUCAGAUAUCUAUGUUAAAAACCAAUAUUUGUUUCACUUAACAUAAACAAUUUAGCAGGGGGUAAGCUUUGUUAUUUUCCUGAUUAUUACAUACAUUUUAGUAAACCACAAAAACACGUGAGUGUGGGAUUUGUCCCUUUUAUAGUUAAUUAUAAAUCGACCAUAACGAUAAAUUAAAUGGUAAAAUCAAGGAAAAUGCGGCAACCUGUGGCGUAGCUCAGCGUGCGACCCAUGUGGGAUUGUUGCGAUAUAAAAAAAAAGUCAGUGGUUCACACCGCAACACACUUUCAUCUUGGUGUCUCAAUAAUUGUUUUAUAGCCUCAGAGGCUUUGUGGUCGCGUAUCAUCAGAAACUAAAUAAUCUUCAAUUCUUGCGCUGACAUUCGUAUCGAUAACUCUAUCACUCACCCUUUGCGCAGUUUUCGUCAUUGUAAAGUGUAGAGUCACCAUUACUGUAAAAGUGUCAAUAUUUGACACUUACCUAUUUAAGUUGUCACUAUUGGUUGAAGCGAUCGGACGCUCGACAAGCCACCGCGGAGGUUUCGCAUGACGCUCGCUAAAAAGUAUCAUUUUAUAAAUAGGUAUAUUAAUAUUUUUCAAAUAUUGUUACCGUAAAUGCCCGAUCACUAGGUAAACUUAGGUUUUACUAGUUAAUGUUAGGUUUUAUUGUUUGUACUCAGUAAAUGCUGAAAUUCUUAGUUUUAUUCGGGCUUUUACUAAACACGUUGUGUACAUCCUAGGAUAUACAAAUUGACUUAGUAAAAGCUGAUCAAUACACGACACAUAACAUUUAAGCUGCGUAAAAAUUAUAAUUAUAUAUUAUUAAAACAAACUAUUAACAGUUAUUUAAAUUCUUUAUUCAAAAUAAAA